ACCGCACGUCGCCCAGACACGGGAGAUAAAUGACAGGCAGAUUUCGGCGGAUCUGAUGAAAGCUGAAGAAUUGUGUUGAUCUGAGUCUGCGGCGCCCAACGUACAACCAUGAGCUUCUCAUCGCUGCUUUCGCGGGGGGCGGCGGACAUCUUGGAGGAGCUGCAAGCCUUGACAGCCAAGACGAUGGAGAAGGUGGAGGUGACGAAGCAGUACGAGGUCAUCCGGGAGCUGGGCAAGGGGACGUAUGGGAGAGUGGACCUGGUCAUCCACAAGGCCAGAGGCACCAAAAUGGCUCUGAAGUUCCUGCGGAAGAAGACGACGAAGCAGAGGAGUUUCCUGCAGGAAUAUUGCAUCUCCCGCUACCUCUCCUCGUGCCCGUACAUCAUCGGCAUGCAUGACAUCGCCUUCGAGACCGAGGACUUCUACGCCUUCGCCCAGGAGUACGCCGUGGCCGGAGAUCUCUUCGAUAUUAUCCCACCGCAGGUUGGACUGUCCGAGCACACCACCAAACGCUGCAUCUACCAAGUGGCGCUGGCCUUGGAUUACCUCCACCACCGCAAGCUCGUCCACCGCGACAUCAAACCCGAAAACAUCCUCAUCUUCGACAAAGAGUGCCGGAAGGUGAAGCUCUCCGACUUCGGCAUGACCCGCAUGGCGGGGACGUCGGAGAAGCGGGUGAGCGGCACCAUCCCGUACACGGCUCCGGAACUUUGCGAGACCUCCAAGCACAGCGGGUUUGUGGUGGAGUACAGCAUCGACGUGUGGGCGUUCGGGGUCCUGCUCUUCUGCAUGAUGACCGGGAACUUCCCCUGGGAGAAGGCUUUGCACUCAGACUCUUUCUAUUACGAAUUCCUCCAGUGGCAGAAAUACAAAAACGCCAACGUGCCGUCCCAGUGGCGCCGAUUCACGCCGCACGCCCUGAAAAUGUUCAGCAAGCUGCUCUCCAUCGAGCCGGAGAAGAGGUGCGCCAUUAAGGACAUUCUCUGGUACUUCGGCAAGAAUUGGCUGAUCGGCAGGGAGGAGCCGCCGCCGACAGGCGACGCGAAAACCAACAACAACAACAACGACGCCGUCUAUGCCCACGCCAAACCGCAAGGUCUUCCGUUCCUCAGCGGCAGCGCUCUCGACAGCAAUAAAUCCGACACCAGCCCCAGCUUAUCGUUCUCUUCGUGCAGCAGCUACGAGGACGUUCCGAAAGACAGCAAUUCCAACAUGUUGGCGUCCACGCCCAUCGAGAUCUGCGUCUGAAACGCCUCCGCGCGACAUCGUACUUCAGCGACGGGCGGGUGACGUCAG